AACUCAUCUUCAUCAAGCCAGUAUUUAAACCUCCCUUGUCCACCAACUCUUUGCCAGAUUGUUCUCAGCUCUCAUGCAAGACUUUCCAGCACUCUUUCUUGAUUUGAUUUUCUGGUUCUGACCCCCGGCCUGUCUUCGACCUGUCUUCUGCCUUAUCCCUACUUGGAUUGUGUUUUAUUACGGACUGAUACCUGAUUCUGACCCUGCUGCCUCCUUGAUGAUGUUCUCUGCUUUCCCCCCCACGCUGGACAUAACGUCCCCUUGAAGUGUCAUUAUGAUGCAGCCGCGGCAUGACUCGCACCUUUCUAAGGCUGUCCAUCUGUGGCGGGAACAUCGGAGAGCUGGAGCAGGGGUCUGAAAGGGAGCAGUCCUGACAAGCAGAUGGCUCAGCUCCUCCGUGCCAGGACUGUGCCCACUUCCCUCCAACCACCCACAACUCAACCCACUCUUGGCUCAGCCCAUCUGUGGACUUGCCUUUGGGGAAUGAAUGUGCACCCACCUGGGCUGACUGGGGUCCGCCGCGACAGAGUCCAUUUUGUUCUGAGUCAGAGGUCCGCCAGAUCCUAAAACACUCAGGAAAAACAGAAACCACCCACACUCAUCCAAGGAGCUGCCCCUCUAAAGUGCUCAGAGUGAGUGACGGUGAUGGGCUGUUGGACAGUAUCUGAAGGGCUCUCCCAAAGAAUAAUAUCCACUCCUGACCUACUCUGAAGAACAAUAUUUCAUUCAAUCAAUGCUGCGGUCUCCCUCGGGGGGAAUUACUGCAGAGUAAUAGGCGGACACUCGGAAAAGAGCAACAGCGGACCAUGUGAUACUUGACCUUCACGGAGAGAACUCAGGUACACUCCAGAAGAUGUCAAACCUGAUCUGACGCAGCUCUCAAGAGGAUCUCCAAGCUCAUAAUUCAAUCAUCUUUUCACUGGUUCUUUUAAGCAUUACUCAAAAACACAAUGGGCCGGAAGUGACGGAGCGGAGUCAUCAGUACUGGAUCUUAUUUAUUGAGGAGUGCCGCACAUCUCACCAUGGAUUCAGACGAGAUUUUCUCCACCUGAGACAAACUGUGAGAAGGACUGGAGUGGGGGGAAACGGACACUGGGAGUUGGGAGGAUUAGCUUGCGUGCUGCUUACCCAUGUUGGAUCUGCUGUGAGCAGGACAAGGGACUCAGCAGUGGAGGAUGUCAGCAGAGGCCGAGAUCCAGCCCGGUGUCAAAACCAGCCAGCGAAGGGAGUCCAGGAGGAUCAAAGGUCAAGACCGCACUGAGGCGGGGCUUAUUAAGCGUUUCCGUGGAGAUGGCGUGCGCUACAAGGCCAAGCUGAUCGGGAUUGAUGAGGUGACGGCGGCGCGUGGGGACAAGCUGUGCCAGGACUCCAUGAUGAAGCUGAAGGGUAUGGCGUCCUCGGCACGUUCCAAAGGGGAGCACAAGCAGAGAGUCUUCUUGACGGUCUCCUUCGGCGGGAUCAAGAUUUACUGUGAAAGAUCAGGGGUGCUCCUGCAUCAUCACUCAGUCCAUGAGAUCAGCUACAUCGCCAAGGACACCAGGGACCACAGGGCCUUUGGUUAUGUCUGCGGGAAGGAGGGUCACCACAGGUUUGUGGCCAUCAAGACGGCACAGUCGGCCGAGCCUCUCAUCAUUGACCUGCGUGACCUCUUCACACUCAUCUACGACAUUAAACAGCGGGAGGAGAUGGAGAAGAAGGCUCAGAAGGACAAACAGUGCGAGCAGGCGGUCUACCAGACCAUCCUGGAGGAUGAAGUGGACGAUCCAGUUUACCAGUACAUAGUGUUUGAGGCUGGACACGAACCCCUCCGUGGCCCCCAGUCAGAGGAGAGCGUUUAUCAGGUCCCAACCAGUCAGCAGAAGGAAGGGAUCUAUGAUGUUCCAAAACGCCAUUUCAUGACUAAUAUCAACCACUUUGAUCUUUUCGGUGACAUGUCCACUCCCCCCUCGAUGCCCCCAUCACCUGCCAACACACUGGACCCCAGCAGGAGCAGCCGCCAGCAGCAGCAACACAAUCCUGCUGAGAUGUACGCCCCCUUCAGCCCCACUUCCGUGCCGUCAGGUUAUAUGACAAUGGGUCCGGUGCAGGCUGCCCAGUGGGCGCAGCAGCCAUUUCCUGGUCAGGCUCAGACUCUGGCCUUCCCGGUGCAGGGUCCCCUCCAGGUGGCUCAGGUCCUCCCUGGUGGUCAGCCGCUCAUCUGGAGCCAGGCCAACAUUUUCCCCGCCACUCAGCAGCAGUGGGCAGCCAUGGCAGCUUACAUGCCAGCCCAGACCGUGGGCGUGGGGGGGCACGCCAUACCAGCUGCCAUGCUCCAAGGCUUGGUACCCAUCACCACCAUGUGCCCUCAAGCCUGCGACCUAUCAGCCCCCUCUUCUGCCAUCACAAGCCCCCAACACACAGCAGACCCUUUACUGCUUCAGAGGCAGCUCAGCCUGGGGAAAGACGGCCUGGGUGUGGACUUAGAUGCAGGCGAGGGCCCCUCUACAUCAGGAGCAGGAGCAGGGGUGGGACCUGGCAUAGAUUCAGCUUCGGAGAGCAGGUGCGGGACCCCAGGCCUCAUGAGUGUACCGGACACAUUGGUGUGCAGUCAGCUUCUUCCUUCAUCAGCUGCUGCAACCCAGGAAGAGGAAGGGAGCUGUAGUGACCUUGAUCUCUCCAGGAUGACGUUGAGCCCGGGUACAUCCACAUCACCAUCUACUGAAUCUCCAUCCACUCCAGCCCCUCAUCAGAGCUCAUCUUCAGACUGCCCCCCCUCCCAGGCCAGUGACCCCCCUACAGAUCACUCCCCUGUAGACCCAGAGGGCAGCUCCAGCAACGCCAAGGAGGAACAAUCGGGCGCUGAUGUUGCAAGGUCAAUCUCCCCAAUGCCCGUUGAAGCUCCUGAUCCCCCGCAGGAUCAGACAUGUCCACAGGAAGACAGCUAGAGAACAACAGACACUGAGGGAUGGAAGCUCUUGAGGCCAGGACAGAAGCUCACGAGACAGAGACGAAGAAGAAAGAGAUGAGUGACUGUGAUCAGCAGCAUCUCUCAAAGCUGGAUUACACAGAUUUGUUCUGUUUGUUCAACCUUGGAAGGAUAUUUUGGCAGUCCUGUUGCAAGCUGGCUAUUCUCGGAUCUGCUUUCCUCCAGAGGCCACACACUGUACUGUACUCCUCAGCAUGACAACCAGAGUUUGGCUUCAUCAUCCAAUCAGAAAAACCUUUUAACCAGGAAGUGACCUUGAUCUUUGAAACCUACGGAAGGAAGUGACUGCUCCCUCCUGCGGUGGAUUAUCUGUGAGGAAACAUUACACAGCCAGGACGAUGCAGAUUAUUUUCAGAACCUUUAAGGGAGGUCAAGGAGCAGCAUCCUACUGUAUGUGGUUGACCUACAGUUAAUCAGCCGCCACCAGCAAAGACUGCACCCAGCAGAUGGAUUUGCCAAAUGUUCUCAUAGUGUUGCUCCACCGAUUCGUCCAUUUUGCAUGAACAGACUCAAUGUGGAUUCAGCGGACUCAGCUGUGAGCAAAAACUGUUCUCUGCAGCUUCCCUCUUGACCGGAAACAAAUAAAAAAAACAUGUUUUUUUUCUUAUUUUAUAAGCUGUGAAUUCUUUGUUGAUGGCGCUGAGUCAUUAGAGAUAUCCAAAUGACUUUGAGGCAUCAAUGUGGAAAUUGAAAAUUUGCCAAACAUCUAUUUUGUAAAUAAGAAUCCUCCCAGUCCCCCCUACCUGAGCCUCCGUGCCAUAAAAUAGCUCUCUGCCUCUUUGGAUGCCAACUACCUGUGUUUUAUCUCAAGCAAUGCCCUACCAGCACCUCCAUGUUUGACGUCUGGAUGUUUGUUUUGCUUUUUCUGCCAUUUUUCUUUCUGAAAAUGUCUGUUUCUGUUGGAUUGGUGAGAUAUGAACUGUGAAUCUGUGUUACAUGGUUAUUCAAAAAUAAAAGCCUGCUGUACCUGAUGUGAAAGAAAGGAAAAGGUUGACAAACUUAACACUGCGUAAAGAUUUCAGGCUGAUUUUUUAGCGGCGACAAGGCAGACUUUCCUGCAUCUUUUUGUUUUUAGAUAUUCUACAUUUCCAGCUGAGUCACAUUGUUUACAACUCGCCUCUUAGAAUCAUAUCUCUGUUUGUUUUCUUGAGUAAAUAAGCAGAAUAAACCCAUGGUGAUGCGUAACGGCUUAAUAACCACAAGCUCAGAGACAGUAGAGUGCAUUUCUAUGCCUUAUCAGGUUUAUUUCUGUUGUCCAGUCACUGUUUUCUUGUCGGGUCAUUUGUAAACAGUAAACAGGUCAUUGUUGUAACAAAGCACUUGGGCGUGUCAUAGGUCCGCUCCACAGUAGAGGAAUGGUUGAGAAAGGAAAGGCAACGUUAUGUAAUAUGAACAAUAGAGAUAUCACUAUUAACUGCUAGGCUUACAAUAACAAAACGGUAACUGUACCCCUGCUCGUGUAAGAAAAAUGAGAAAUAGUCCGAAAUAUUUUGUAAAUUUUAUUUAUGGAAUUAAGAAGUGUCAUGAAAAGAGAAAAAAGGACUUUUUGUACGUCUAUGACUUCCCCAUACACUGUAUCCAUCCACUGUUCAGUCACAAAUAAAAUAUCAUGUGAUUCCCA